AUGAUAUUGGCCUAUGCCCUGGUCGGCACAGCCCUUGCCAAUCCCCUCGGAGCCCGCCAAGCAGCCCAGGACUUCACGGGAAACACACAAAAUGGCCUCAUGCAGGGAGCAUGCAAAUCUGCCAUCGUUAUAUUCGCGCGUGGCACCACCGAGGGGGGUAAUGUAGGCACCCUUGCCGGUCCUCCCACCUUCCAGGCUAUCGCUCAGAAAAUUGGCCCUCAGAAUUUGGCUGUCCAGGGGGUUGAAUAUCCCGCUGAUGUGCCUGGCUUCUUGGACGGGGGUGACAAGGCGGGUUCGAAAACUAUGGCGGAUUUGGUUACUAAGGCGAUAUCGACGUGCCCUAAAUCCAAUAUCGUCAUGGCAGGAUACUCGCAAGGCUGUCAACUUGUGCACAAUGCUGCGAAGGCGCUGCCUGCUGCGACCACUGGCAAGACGGCAGCGCUGUGCUUCGGAGAUCCUGAUAACGGUCAACCUGUCCAGGGCGUCCCGGCCGCCAAAACCAAGAUCAUCUGCCAUGCGGACGAUAACAUUUGCCAAGGUGGGAGUCAGAUUAAGCAGGCACAUCUGACAUACGGAAAACAGGACGCGGGCGAGGCAGCUUCGUUCGUCGCUUCUCUUGUCGCGGCUGGGAACGGGACAACUGGUGCUGCCACAGGUCGGCAGAAGCACUAG